AUGCUGGAAAAUCGAUAUCCGAAUUGUGCCUAUGAUAUUCCAAGCCAUGCAUAUAUAUACAACUUUGCGCUAAAUGUGAGUGCACCGUAUCUGGCUAUUGACUACUAUCUGCCAUCUCCAUUGAUGAAAUUCCGUCUAACUCAUUUUGGACAGCCUGAAUGGCCUAAUUUCUAUUCCUACUCGCCGGAUAUCUGGACAUAUCUGGAUCGGGAAGAUGCAGGAGAGUGGAGGGUUACCCUCAUGCAAACACUGCCAGAUGAUACUGAGAAAGCUUUUGAAGAGAGGUGCCACGUGCUGAACGGGGCUGGUUUCUUGAAUAAUUAUAAAUCGCCCGAGCUUGGCGGAAUAGAUAAGUUCAAGGGAAGGAUAGUACACACAGCAGUCUGGCCUAAAGGUUACCAACCAGAGCAAUGGAAAAAUGAUAGAGUUGCUGUUAUCGGAAGCGGGGCAUCUAGUAUCCAAACUGUCCCAGGAAUGCAGCCAUAUAUCGAACACGGAUAUUUUCGCCCGGCAGUCAGUCUCCGCUGA